CCUCACUCACAGUGGAUAAGGGUUGGAAGCUAUAGAUUCAAGCCAAUAUGGGGAAUACCAGCUCUGCACCGAGGGUCACUGCCCAGGACAAGGCUGUUUUACAGGUGAAGUUGCAAAAGGACAAACUAGUCAGGUAUCAAAAGAAGAUGAACUUGUUGGUGGAUCAAGAAACCACCCAGAUCAAAGUAUACCUGCGCCAGGGGAAGAAGAACGAUGCUAAAGUGCUGUUAAAGAAGACCAAGUAUCAGCAGAAACUACUAGAGGACUCUUCCAACCAGCUCUACAACUUGGAGAAUAUGAUACACAACAUUGAGUUCAAGCUCAUAGAGAAAGACUUCUUGAAGGGGUUGCAAAACGGUAAUGCCAUCUUGUCAAAGCUCAACAACGAGAUGAAGGUUGAGGAUGUCGAAAGGCUUGUUGAUGAGGUCCAGGAUAACAUUGCGUAUCAGGACGAGAUCAACGAGAUGUUAUCCAACUCUGUUGUUGGACAGGACAUUGAGGAUGAGAUUGAUCAAGAGUUGGCGGCGUUAGAGCUGGAAGCAACACCAUUGGAUCAAAGGCUUCCAAAGAUUGAUGGGCUUGCCAAGGUUCCUGAAGUUGCUGUAGAUGUUCUCCCACAGCAGAAGAAGGAAAGUAGCAAGGAGACGAGGACUGCAUUACUAGCAUAGAAUGGUUAACUCCCAAUGAGGGUUCUUUAAUUAACAGGU